UCUGCUCAUGCUGGAAGAACUGCAGAAAGAACACACCUGUGACGGGCAUCAUUAAUAAAGACGCUAAGACUUUCAGUAGAACCCCGCGUCUAAAAGCUGAACGAAAAUACAUACUGUUCACCAAAGGAUUCUUUUUUAUCCCAGCUAUUUCCAGAUGUCUAGAUGAAAUCCAGCUGCAGACUUUGAGCAGGCUCAUUGUUUACUUUUCAUAUUGGACAGACCAGACAUCUACUGCGGAAUCUCAGUAAUGGAGCACCAACCAGGGAGUCCAGUGGCUGGAAAAGCAGAGGAGCAAUCAGGAAGUCUUCUCCUCACCUACUUCCAGGGAGAUAUUAAUAGCAUGGUAGAUGCACAUUUCUCACGUGCCUUAGAAAAUCUCACCAAACCAAAGGGAGACAUCACUAAAAACAAGAAACCCCGAAAAUCAUUCAAACCUGAGCAGCCAAGUACAAGUAACUGGGGCAUGCAGUCGAAUCUGUGCUUUGAAAGCACAGACUCUUCAGGACGAAUUGAACUUGGCAGAAAAGAAGAGCUGCAGACUAACCACCGUCUGCCACAUAACACUCCUGAGGAGAGCUCCAGUGUUUGGCUCGGUGGUCCACGACAGGGCACGAGUCUGGUGUUGCCUCCCAUGGUGUAUCCCUCUGCUGCGUCUGCUGAGGGUUUGAUGAUGGCAGAUCAUCAGUACAAUUCCCUAUUAAACCUUCUGCACAGUGACCGGCCAGAUCUGGGCUCCGUCAUGGUAACCUCCAAACAAGAUCUCAUGCCCGGCUGGGCCCGGCAUCCAGGAUUUGGAGAUCAGAUGACUCCAGAUCACAGCCUAGACUCUGGUAUCGAAAUUCAGACCUAGGUGUGCCAAUGAUGGAGAAGAAGGAUCUAUACUGGUAUUAAGGAAGCACAGUUGCAGUCGUUAGACACCUUUACGUAGGAAACAAAAACCCGAUACUCAUUAUGAAGGAAGUCUUAUCAUUGUUUUACUUGUUUUAAGAGUUCAGAGCCUUGAAAUGCUUCACGCAGAAGCUGCUGCACCUGACUACAUGCAGAAAAACCUGUUCGAGAACAAGCUCAUCACGUAGUCCAGCACAGCGACUUUUAAAAGAACAUCCCUUAAGCUAUGUUGGGGUUGGUGGAGCAUUUUCAAAAGACUUUCAGACAGCUUACGAAAUCCAGGUAAUUCCUAGAUAUUUAUUUCGUUAAUCUUUUAAUUACUUGUUCUUGUUUUAGAAUUGUAGAGACAAAAAUGAUUAUCUCAUUAAAUAAUGACUAUAUGGGAAACUGAUGUUUGUUAUUUAUAAACAAAAAAUAAACAUAUAUGGAUGUACGUGUAGUUGCCUUCUUGGAAUUUUAUAUGAACGAUAAUAUGGACAUGAAAGACAAAAUGAAUGAGACAAAAAACAAGUUCAACUGAAAAACGAGUUGCACAGAAAAAAACCUGAGAUAGUCAUCUGACAGGAUUUAUUUAUGUGAGCUGCCUGAACUGAGUUUUUGUUUAACCUUGGUGAAAAUAAAGAAAAGUACAAAUGUAUGAAUUUAGUUGAAGUACAACUGUUGUAAAAUGUGUAAAAUAAUAGAAGCUGGAAUAAAUAUGGUAUGGGGAAUUAAGUGUAUAGAGUUUAAGUAUAUGACUUCUGUUAAAAAUGUGUACAAUGACUGCUGAUAUAUAUUUUUUGUUGUUGUUGUGAUCCAUUGUAUACCAGGAAAAUAAAUACAAAAAUGUGUACCAUGAA